CGGCGAUGUGCGUCUUUCAGGCGACGCUGCUAGCGUGACGUAUAAUCUAGUGGACGGUUCUUCAGAAACAGCUCGUCAACCACCUCGGUAGCUUGCUAUCCAACAUAGCCGAAAGAUUCAAGCUAUUUAUACGCUUUCGGUCUAUAUUAGCUACUGUGUUUUAGACACACUUCUGUCGUAUCUACUUGUUAACCUAUUUAAUAUUACGUUAUUUUGUAUUAGUUAAGUUAGCUCUGGCCUAGUUGCUAAUGAUAGCUACCUAACAUCCCCGACCAUGAACUCCCUAAACUACUCCCCUCCUGUUAAAGAAGAGGAGGUCUGCUGGACGGAGAAAGAAGCUCUGGGGCUGAACAUUGUUGUGAAAGAGGAGGAGGAGGAUGUUACAGUAAAACAAGUAGAGGGUGAGGCUGUUACCGUGAAAGAAAAAGAGAAAGACGUUUCAGUGAAAGAAGAGGAAGACUCGUUCAGAGUGAAAGAGGAGGAAGGGGAGAUUACUGUCACAUUGGAGGAAGAAGAGGAGGUUGGAGAUCUGUUUAAUACCAGAGAGAGACGGGACUACCGUGGGUCCUCUGGGGAGCCUCAACAACAUCAUGAUGCUGACGAGGCAGAGCAGAGUCUCUCUACAUCAGAACACCUCAAUAAACACCAGCAGAGACCCACACGGAAGAGAAUUCACUGCUGCUCUGACUGUGGGAAGAGAUUCACCUCCUCAUCAGGCAUUAAAAUCACCAGAAAAUACACACAGGAGAGAAACCUUAUAGUUGUGAUCAAUGUGGGAAGAGUUUUACUACAUCUGGCUCUCUGACUCUCCAUCAGAGAACACACACAGGAGAGAAACCGUAUAUAUGUGAUCAAUGUGGGAAGAGUUUUGUUCGAUCUGACCAGCUGACAUUACACCAAAGAACACACACAGGAGAUAAAUCUUAUAGCUGUGGUCAAUGUGGGAAGAGAUUUGUUACAUCUAGCUCUCUGACAUUACACCAGAGAACACACACAAGAGAGAAAUCUUA